CUGAAGUUUUUGACAAGAUUGUUCCAGACUUAUUUACUACAAACCUUCUGAAGAGAGACAACCCCCUUUAUGCUUUUCAGAGUACUAGAUUUUGACUAGGUUGCUUGUCACGGCGACGUGGAAAACAGAGUGAUGGGUCCUCUCAUAGCUUUCAUUGCUUGGACGGUGUCAUCGUACGCGUGUCAUCAGAUGGCCAAGAUAUUUUUGACUAACGUCAGCUUUGUGACCUCUCAAGUGACCCCAGUCACCGUGGCGGCUGCUUUGACGGUGGUGCAGAUGUUGUUUUGUUGGCUCUUUACAACGACAUCGUGGGAGACCAGCGUGGCUGUACUGGAUGAAGACAGAAAAAUUGUAAACGAGAAAAAUGAGCGAAUAACAAAGAGGUAUCGCGUUGCCCUGGUAAUGCACGUGUUGUCGACGUUUCUGACCAACUGGAGCUUAGCACGAACGGAGGCGGCCUCCACGUUGGCCAUCAAACUGAUGGAGCCGCUGGUGUCCGCGGUGGCGCAGCGGGUGUGGCACGGAGACCCUCUCAGCUACAGCGUGUGGGUCAGCCUGCCCUUGGUCAUCGGCGGCGCCGUCGUCUUCGUGUCUGACGAUCCCUUGAGUGUACAGCACGCGCUGAGCGCAGGUGUGGUGCUGGCCAUGGGCUCCAACGUGCUGCUGGCCGUCAGAAACCUGGCCAUCAAGGGACUGCACUCACAACAGCUAAACUUUGGUCCUCGUCCAUUCAACCAGUUUGUCACGUGCCUCCUGGGAAUCAUUGUAGGAAUUGCUGUGACUGCACUUUGGCGGUUAAAGAUCAUCGAUACUGUGUCAAGUCUGGCUGUGACGUCACUGCUGCUGUCGGGGGCGUUUCACGUCACGUACUCGCUGAUCAGCACGAGCGUCAUCCUGCGCGCGCUGGACGUGGUCAGUCACGCUAUGGCCAACGUCAUCAAGCGCGUGCUGGUGGUGGCGCUGCUGUACGUCAGCGGGUCACGUAGUGCAUCUGGCGUCAACGCUGCGGGUCUGGCGGUGGCGGCUGUGGGGCUGGCUGUGUACGUCAGAGGGAAAACAGAAGGCAGACUGGACAUGUCGAUCAUAACUACGAGCAUGAACCGAGUGAAAGGCUUCCCGUCUCUCAAGUGCACUAUGCUGACGUCAGCGGUGAUAGCCACGUCUUUACUGAUUUUUUUGGGGGGCAGUCCUGGAAUCUACUUACGUCACCAACUACAGAAAGUAAGCUGUGACCUUGAAAAAAGUCUUGUUAAUUAUAGGCACAUCUCACAAUGCCAACAGCCAAAAGCUUUAAAGGACACUUCUACACAAAAGGAAACAUUAUCUCCCUUUGGUCUUCGGUGGCCACCAGUUCCACAGAAUACAUCGCUACUACAGGAAUGGGGUGAGUUCUUAUCCAUGGAUUACGCCCACCAUCCCUUCGACACGAACCGUCUGGCUCCUACCCUGCACAACAACGACGAGGUGGUGUGGGAGCUGCAGCGCCUGCACGUGCGGGUUCUGACGUCACUGCUAGCGGGUCGACGUCACGCCAUGCUGAUGGACUUCGCCACUUACGAGAACAAAGGCGACCCCGCCAUCGCGGCGGGACAGGUGGCCUUGUUGAAGCGGCUCAACGUGACUAUAGUCUUCAGCUGUUCCACUGGACUCUGUAACGACGACAACUUUAAAAAAGCAAGGGAGAUAAGUAAAGGUUACAACUCAACUUCACUUGUUAUUUUAAUGCAAGGCGGUGGUAACCUCAUUGGCUACAGUGUGUUGGAUUAUACCAGGAAAAAAAUAUUGAAUCUUUUUCCAGAUUUUCCAACUAUUUUGUUUUCUCAAAGCAUCUGGCUAAAUAAAAAGAAAGAAGCUCAUUUGAAUGUGUGUCGUGAGAUUUACUCUCACAGGGAGAACCUGACCAUCUUCUUGCGGGACAGACAGUCUCUAGGUCUGGCGCAGAAACAUUUUCCAGGGACGAAACUCAUGCUGAUGCCCGACAUGGCGUUUGGCCUGGGGCGUGUCCCGCGCACUAUGCCACCUACACACGACAUCUUGUGGAUUAAGAGAGCAGAUGGUGAGUCUUCAGGGUAUAAAGUACCCGAGCUACCUACUAACCUCAGUGUUUAUGUCGGCGACUGGUUGAAAUGGAAGACAAACCAGGGCACCACGCCCAUGGAAACAUCAUUUCUUAUAGCCUUCAACGGGUUGUCGUUCUUACAGCGUGGGCGCGUGGUGAUCACUGACCGACUACACGGCCACAUCCUGUCCGUGCUGCUGGGAAUCCCUCACGUGCUCAUCGACAACCCUCCCUACUUCAAACUCUCCUCCUUCCGUCGCACGUGGACGGCGGGGUUAUCCAACACGGUGCUGGUCACCACAGGGGAGGAGGCUCUGGACCAGGCACAAAAACUGCUGAAGAAGUACAAUAAUUAUCUUCCUUCAGUCGUGCCUUCCUAA